CGCUCGGCCGUAUCUGACAUUUUCUCCAACACGGGGAGCUCGGUCUUGGCCUCAAGCAGCCAAGACCAUCCUCUCUUUCCCUCUCCUGCUUCCCUUCCCCCUAACCAAACAAUAGAAGCCCUAACAAUAGCCCUUCUUUAAUGUUCGCCUAAUAGCUGGCAAUCCCUUCCUUCCUUGCUUCCACCUUCCCAAUUGUGUAGGUUCCACGUCGCGGAACCCAGGGAAUCAAUCUUCUUCACCACUGGGUUCCUGGUUCCGUUUUGAUUUCGCUGUUUGGAUUGAAGAUGGCGCUUGUUCCGGCGAGAACGGACAAUUACUUUCUGGAUUUGGAGAUGGACGGUUCCGUCGAGUCCAUUGGCCGUCUUCUCGACUUACAAAAAAAGCUCUUCCACAGCCAGAUAGAGCAGUUACAGAGGCUGGUUACUAACCAGUGCAAGCUCACGGGGAUCAAUCCUCUCUCACAAGAGAUGGCUGCCGGUGCACUAUCAAUAAAAAUUGGGAAAAAGCCUCGGGAUCUGCUUAACCCAAAAGCUGUUAAAUACAUGCAGUCAAUUUUUGCUAUUAAGGAUACUAUUGGGAAGAAAGAAACUCGUGAUAUUAGUGCUCUUUGUGGAGUUACAAUCACGCAGGUAAGGGAUUUUUUUGCCGGGCAACGAUCAAAAGUUAGAAAGCUUAUUAGUCUUGCAAGGGAAAAGGCUGUCAGAUCGGAUGCAUCUGAUACAGCUAAUGAGGGAUGCUCUACUAAGCCUGAGGUAGCCCUUAUUUGUGGAACUGACACACCAUCAAAUGCUUUUGAUGUCAAAAAUGUUGCAGAAUCUGCAGAAGUUCCGGCUAGCAAUGGGAACUUACCUGCCAUUCAGUAUUGUGAACAUGUUCUCGUGAGCUCCAUUGAUGCUAAGCCCAUUCAAGUGGUGCCUCCUUCAUCCUCUUCACAGGAGGAAAGUAUACCUGGUAUUGAUGAGGAUGAUAAAAAAUUUUUAGAGAAUAUUUUCAACUUAAUGAGGAAGGAAGGGACGUUUUCUGGACAGGUGAAAUUGAUGGAAUGGAUUCUUCAAAUCCACAAUUCAGCAGUAUUAGUUUGGUUUUUAACUAAAGGUAGCAUCACAAUUUUAGCUACAUGGCUGAGUCAUGCAGCCAUUGAGGAACAGACAACUGUACUUAAUGUCAUUCUUAAGGUUCUUUUUCACCUACCACUACAUAAGGCACUUCCAGCACAAAUGUCUACUAUCUUGUCUACACUGAACAAGCUUCGGUUCUACAGGACACCAGACAUAUCAAACAGCGCAUGGGCUCUCCUUGCUAGGUGGAGCAAAAUUCUUGCAAGAAAUCAGACUCCAAAUUAUCCUUCGAUAUCAAAUUCUUCCUAUGGCAUUCAGAAGGACAUCAUUAGGAAACAGAGGAUAAGUGAAAUUCUCAGUGAUGAAUUUUGGCGGUCCAAAAUUGGUAUCAAAGAUGAAGUUCUUGCUCUGACAGAAAGUAGUGGGAAUGACAGUAAAUCAGACUCUAAACUGGCAUUGAAGCUGCUUACAGCAUCGUGUGAUCGUUCAAAUAGAAAGCAAGGCCAAAGUGCUUUACCAAUUAAAAUAAAAGAACGCAGAAAAGUUCUACUGGUAGAGCAGCUUGAUGAGAAACCAGCAGGAAGAAUUGCACAGGUAGGAAAAGUGCAACCAUCAAAUCAUAGUCGUCCAAUCUCUGCUGAUGAUAUUCAGAAGGCAAAGAUGCGUAAAAUGUUCAUGCAACAUAAGUAUAGAAAGGCAGAUGCAUCUUCUAGCGAAAAUAAGAAAAUAGAAGAUAGCAAAGACCUACCACCAGCUGCUCAGUCUAAAAGUAUUUUUACUUCACCCAGAAAAAUACAGGAAGCACAAAUAAAAAUAGAGGAAGAGAAGCUUGCUGAAGCUUUACCUGGUGGUGGUUCUGAAACUCCAGUUGACACUAUAUCUACUGGAGCUCUCCAGGAAGGCUUGUUGGAGAGGCUCAAGAGGUGUCAGUUCCAGUGGCAGACCCCACCAGAGAUGAAGAUUGAUAGUUCAUGGAGGGUUGGUGAGGCUGAGAGCAGCAAGGAGCUUUCCAUCCAAGCCCAACGCAUUCGAAGGGAGAAGGAGACGUUUUAUUCAUCUGAACUUGACAUCCCACCCGAUCCUAAAGAGCCAUGGGACGUUGAAAUGGACUUUGAUGAUAGCCUAACUCCAGAAAUCCCAAUUGAGCAACCUCCAGAUGCUGAUGCUGCUGAAGAAUCCACUAACCCUCCUGUCGAACAAGCCAUUCCUGAGAACCCUCCUGCAGCUGUGCCAGCUCUCCCUAUGGCCUCUUCCGGCAUUGCGGCAGAACCUGACCUUGAGCUACUUGCUGUUCUCCUGAAGAACCCAGAGCUUGUCUUUGCCCUCACCUCCGGGCACGGAAAGAACCUUACCAAUGACGAGAGGGUGGCACUUCUUGAUAUGAUCAAGCACGGCAGUGCUGCAAUCAGUGGUAAUGUUAAUGGGAUAAGCAGUAGUGCAUCUCAUGAGAAGCCCAAAGAGCCGGUGCCAAUGUCUCUGCCAUCUCCAACUCCACCAUCAGAUGUGGAAAGAAUGGCUGGUUGGAGGUCAGCAUUCCCCCCCAUGGCCAAAGCUCAGUUGCCGCAAUUGCACUUCUCUGGAGCGGUUCUUCAUUCAAUCCCCACUCUAACCCCAACUUCUACCCCUGCUCCACUCCAAACCUUGAUGGCAUUGCCUACUCAAACUGAGCUGCAAUCUACCAUUCUACCAAUGUCUCAAGUGAUAAUCAAUGCAAACACUGCACCUCAAUCCGUUGCAGCAAGCAGUUUAACUUCUCAAAGGGCAAGUCAUGCCUUACCCCAGCAUAUCCUGUCCUUAGGCCAUGCGGUUCCGCAAAGACUGAAUACUGAACCUUUCUUACCAUCCAAAAACUAUACUGUAAGCAGCUCACCAAAUGCGGCUGCUUCCUCCACACCGGCAGCCCUUCGCCGGGAUGCUUACAGCCGCAAAUCUAUCCUGAUGCCCAAUGUCUCCUCCCUUCCCUCCCAUUCUCCACCCCGAGGGAGGCCACAAUCACAAAUGGUAUCUGACCCGUCAGUAGCAGCUAUUCCUCCCAAUCCUACAUCAUUGUCACAUCGCGAUGCCCAUACAGAAUGGUGCGAGUGGCGAGACGGGAUGCCGGAAUCCUGGACUCGGCGACCACCAGAUGCAGAUAAUUUUUCAUUGCAGCAGAACCCACGCUUUGGUUCUAGUGUUGGUAUUUACGAAGAUAUUUAUCGGUCGCAUCAAGGUCGAUCAACAGGAAGAGAAGAGAUUGUUGGCAGAUCCAGAGAUUCCGAAACUUGGAGUACUGAAAGAAUCCAUGUGAAAUCAUCAGAGUUCAGGCAUGGACACAGCCGGAGCCAUGUGGAGUCUAGGAGGGCACAGGGGUGGAAUCAGAGUCAGGAUUGGUCGAGGCAGCGGAGUUCUGGGCAUCGUGAUCAGUAUCGUCCGAGCAGUAGUAGUGGUGGAAGGUGGCGGGAUCAUGAUCGAGAUCGAAGGAGGUAGUUUUUAUUGGUGUAUGAUUUAGUUGUUUGGCAAGUCUUUCUUCUUACUUGAUGAGAUUGUAUGCUCUCAGAUGGAGUAGAUGAUUUGUAUAGGCCUUCUAGAGUAGCCACAUGUUUCUAGCAAUUAUAGGGAUAUGAGGGAUACAAAUUUUUGAAUUGAAUUCAUUCUCCUUUUACAGGAUUGAGAGCAUCUUCUACCUGGUCAUUUUAACAUUCGUAUUUGAGGCAAAUUUCAGGGUUAUUUAAG